AGAAACAAGUGGAGGAAUAUGGACGGUGAAUGUACCCUUCAUGGUCGUCGGUUUUGCUGGAGCAGUCCUUUUGGUGACUAUUGCGGUUAUUCUUGUGAAGAGACAGAGAGUGAUGAAUGCGACUACCCAAGGAAUUUAUAUGGGAGAAAGCAGACCUGUUGCUGAUACCACCUCUGAAAGUUAUAUGAGAGUGGAAGAAAAUAUCUACGAUGAACCUGAACGUGUUUCGUUGGAUUACAUUGAUCCUGUUGAUGAUAGCGAUAAAAAUAACUAUAGCACGAACAGGCAGGAAAGGCCACGAGAAAGAAGAGAAGAUGGGUCGAAAGAAAAAUCUUCAAUACUGUCUCUCCUCAUGACGGAAAGAAAGGAAUCUGAAUUCGAUAAAGUGGACAGGGGAUACAUAGAUAUUGUGGAAAUUGGUUCCUGCAAAGAUUCGCUUCCAACAUCACCACCACUAACACAUUAACUACAACAGCGACAACAUCUACAAUGACAACAUCAACCCUCCCACUACAAACGACAUCACAAUUAACAACAGAACCACUAGCACAAUCUCCACCAGUAGAAAAGAGAAAUCUUCAAUUAACAACAGCACUUCCAAAACAAUCUCACCAAUCAGUAGCACUUGAGACAAACACCACGAUACAACCAACUGUCGCAAAAGCAAAUACAAGCACAUCACCUUUAGAAUCAGCAAUAUAUACACAAUCAUCGACAUCUCUUGGAGCGAAAGUAACAGAACAGCCAUCAUCUCCAUUCACCGUCACAACAGAAAUAGUAACACGGCCACAUUCAGCAAAAUCAGAAACAACCAAGCUAUCAUCAAUAGCACUGAUGAAAUUAGCGUCAGACACCCUAUCAGAACCAAUAAACAGGACAGAUUCAACCACACUACAUAUACCACGGACGAGAAAAAACGUAAAAACAAAGACGUUUUUGCAACCACAACCUACUACAACAGGACAACUAACGACAACAACAGUCGCAACAACAAGACAAACCAAUUCAAAACCAUACAACAUAUGAUAGAUAUGUUAUAUUUCAUAUUUCAAGACUUAUGAUACAUACAUCUGUGGACGUCUAUGUAUACAAUCAUGAUGAUAUGUGUGUAUAUACAUGUAUUACAUUUGGCUUUCCCUUACUGUUCCAGAAAUAAUUUAUGUGAAUAGUGUAGAAAAAAUAUUUCCAACUGAAAAUACAGUUCCAAAUCAUCAGUAUUAUCAUCAUUGAUAAAAGACAGUAAUGAGAUGGUGGCAAAUUGGUUUCUUUGGUAAAUUGUUCUCGAUAAUAUUUCUAUCUGUGUGCAAACCUAUCGCAAUUUCCACUUCUGUCAAUUGUGUCUUGAGAAGGAAUUAAACAACGAAAUCCAUGACAGGGGAAUGGAACAAGAAACUACAAAUAUUAAGAUUGGUCUAUGCUUGACAAUUCUUAUUCUUCUGUUUCUGUCAAUCUGUAGAAUGAUG